UCACUCUGCUGUUUAUCGCCGAAUUGAACGCACGUAGCGGACCGGACGGAUAUCGCAUCUUCCGAUCGGAAAAAUCGUACAGUGCAGCCAAUUCGCCGUCUACAGAAAUCUAUUAGCGCGCGUGUGUUGGUGCCAGUGCGGUGGCAAAUUAAAACAAAAAACAUCUGCGAAUUUGAAUACGCAAAUCUCAUGCUCACUAAGAGCGCAAAAGUCAUAGAGUGCAGAAUAGUGAAUUGAAGAACUUUUGGACGCGCUAAGAGUCGCUCUCCAUCCCCAUCUCUCUCUCUCUCUCUUGUGUGUGCAGUGCUAGUGUGUGCGAGUGUGAGUGAGACGGGCAAACAAUUUGCCGCUAAAUACAAAAAGCAGCUGAGACCAGCUGACGCAUGUGUAUGUUCGAAAUACAAUAAAGUUAACAGGCUAUAAAUAAAUUGCAAAUGUUUAUGUAGCCGUCAAGCAGCAGCAGUAGCAGCGCAACAACAAAAACCACGUGGCACAGACAUUUUGGCCACGAUAGUAAGCAAAUACACAAACACGAUUAAACAUGUCCGCCGUACCGGUUGCCAUCAAAACGGAGGAAGUUAUUCUAGAGCACGCCGAAUACAACAGCGCCGAGGAAUUGGAUGAGGAAUUGCAAUUGCAACUAGAGGAUUCAGGGGGUGAGAACUAUCACAUCGAGUUCGCCAGCGAGUCAGCUCAUCAGGGUUCUCAGCGUCGACAGUCGAGCAUGAGCGGUACGAAUACCUCCAAGGGUGGAGGAGGAGGGGGCAGCGGGGCCUUGAGCGAUGGAGACGGUUCGGGAAAGCCCCUUGUGGACAGCGAGAAGCGAAUGCGUCGGGAAAUCGCCAACAGCAACGAGCGCAGACGCAUGCAGAGCAUCAAUGCCGGAUUCCAGAGUCUGCGAUCCCUGCUCCCGAGACACGAAGGCGAGAAGUUGAGCAAGGCGGCCAUCCUACAACAGACCUUCCAAUACAUUGUGGAACUGGAGAACCAGAAGACGCAGCUGCUGACGCAGAACAGUGAACUGAAGCGACAGGUGGGCGAGCACGAGGCCGGCGGUUCUGGCGAUGGUGGUGGUACCAACUCCGGCGGAAACUACAAUGAUUCCAAUGCCAGCGGGGGCAAUUCCACGGCGGUGGCCAUCAAGAAACGGAAGCUGACUGAUAACGUGAUUAACAUCCAGGCGAUUAGUGACAGUUCCGACGAAGGUCUGGGAUCGAUGUCUCCAGAGCCGAUGACUCUGCUGACAGCCGGCGGAGCGGCGGCCACCAAACUGAGCAAUGCUGCUACUCUUCUGGCGGCCAAGGAGCUGCAUGAGUCGAAGAAGCAGUUGGAGAAGGAGCGCAGUCUGCGGCGACUCCUCGAGGAUGAGCUCCAGAUGAUCAAGCGGCAGCUGUACAGCGUGGCAACCGCACCGCCCGGAACAGCUGUGGCCGCCGCAUCCGGCGGCAGUAGUGGCGCCUACAUUCCACGUGAGGUCAUCGAGCACACCGAUAACUUUGUGCGCAGCGAGGAUUUGGAGGAACUUGGCGGCACUGUCUCGUAUGUGGAAAUCGAUGAAAUGACUGGCCAGCAGCAGGUGGUCGUGUGCUCCAGCAUCGAGGAGCUGGAGGCCGAUGCCGCUGCCGAGAUCAUAACCGAGGAUCAGGUGCACGAGGAGGUCAUCCUGUCAUCGAACAGCUCCACAGAGUCCGAGAACGAAGUGAACGUGAACGCAAUUGCCAAAGCCUAUGCCGAAGGAUGCACGUCGAGUGCUGCGAUGCUUCAGCCAAUUCUGCAGGCGGCCAUCAAGGCCACGCCCAAGGUGGAGGUGGAACGCAUCCACGAGAAGAUUGUCAAGGUCAAGACGGAGAAGCACGAUCUGCCAUCGAUGCAGACCGCACCACACUAUCAGCAUUCUCAUCGCCAGAAUCUAGAGACCAUUGUCCAGGCCAUCAGGCAUCUGGAGGGCGAUCACCUAUUCGCGGACGGCAGUGGGGGCCAAGAAAAGUUUGGCCAGCAGCAGAAUCUCCAGCAGCAUCACCACCAAAUGUCUGGAGUUCACCACCAGCAGCUGCAACACCAUCGUCUGGCGCAGGAUGCGCCGCUGGCCCUCACCACCACGGGCAAGCAGCAUGCGGCGCUGGCGGAGCUUCGACCCUUCCUUCAACUCAAGAGCGGCGGCAACAAGCAGGUGAUCAUUACGGCCAAGACGGCCAAGGAUUCCGGCGGUUUGGUCUCCACGAGCACCAGCAGUACAGCGGUUACGCCGACGGCGAUCUUCAAGGUGCAAACAACGGGCGGUCAUGGAAACGGCAGUCAUUUACCAGCGGGCUCAUCGACGGGCACCAUAAUCACUGGAAGCAAUGGCAGCGGUGGUGCCCAGCAGCUGACCAUCACCACAUCGUUGAAGCAGUGCCGACCGGGCGUGAUAGUGGCCAAGCAGUUGCCGUCGUCCUGAUUCAAUGGCCCCAAAUCGGGAGCGGGAUCGGGCAAUAAUGGAGCUGGAGUAAAAGCAGGAGGAAGAUGUGGCGCCCAGCGUGGGGCAGGAGCUGUAACUGGAGCACGGGCUAGUAUUAAAGGCGCUCGCCAGGACACAACAUCCACACCGACGAAAGCAACCGCAACCACUCAACAACAAUUUACUAAGCAAAAUCAUUUUGCUGCCUCCCCCCGGCAACGUAACAGUAACAGCAACAGUAACAGUAAGAAUAGUAACCUUAUUGUAAGCAGUAAAACUAGUAGCAUCAUCAGCAGCAGCAGCCACAGAAAUGUUAAAGAGACUGUUACCAAACAGAGGCAGAGGCAAAAGAAUGUAAAUUAGUAAGAGUUUAACGAAACAAACAACAAAGAAAGUAUGAUAAUACCAAGCAGACCUAAACAAAUUUUGUAUUUUUGGGAUAAUUAUGAUUUCAGUUCGAACUAAACCAGGACCUCCUUUUCCAAGCUUCAAUCGCCAACAAACCACAAUACAUACAUACAUACAGCCACUGUAAUUAAAUGCAAAGAGUAAAAUACAAAUACCAUUUGUUCAUUUAUUGGUUAAGAAACUAGAAUUAACUAAGGAAACGUAAAAAUACAAAUGAGCAAUUGAUUUUGAACAACAUAAUAGAGCAGCAGGCAAGAAACAGCAUAACGACAAAAAAAAACGAAACCGAAACAAAACAGAGUACAAAAGAAACAAAAAAGAACGCAAAUAGACAUACAAUUUAUGAAUUUUGUUUGGUUAAUUCUUUUGAAUUGCAUGGAAAAGCAUUGGAAAAGCGCGAAAAACUAAAAAUUUGAACGUUGAACGAGAUGCCGAAAUUGUUUAAGCAUGUUUAAUUGAUGAUUCCUUGAACUCUAUAAAAACCAUCGCAUUAAUUUUUACCUUUUUUUAAAUUAUUUUUUCGUAUCUUUAAUUUUAACGUUCAUAGGCGUACAUUAUAUACUUUUGAAUGGAACUUAUUGAGUUUUUGUUGAUAUAUUUGUGUAAAAAAAUUUUAAGUCUAAUUAUGUAAGCGAGUGAUGAGCGUAGGUGGUAAACAUUAAACAAAGCAAGAAAACAAAACAAAACAAAACAAAAAAAAAAACAAAAAACGAACAUAAAAACAUAAAAAUUAAAACAUUCUAAAGGAAGAGAUAAAAAAAUGCAAAACGAAAACAAAAUAAAAAGCAAGAUCGUUUAUUAUAUAAACUAUUAUAUAAAUAUAUAUAUAUAUAUAUAUUAAUAUAAAUUAUAUACAAAUUACGCAUACCUACCACAACAUAUAUAAAUAAUACAUGCAGCGUACAUACGAACAUAAGUAACGGAACAUUACAUAAUAUUACUACUAAACUACCAUAAACAAAUACUUUGCAUACAUAUUUAAUAUGCUUUAGUAACAUAAGUACGACAGGUUCAGAGAGUUUAACCAGGAGUCCCUCGAUCCCAUUUCCCCCCUCCUCUCCCCUCCCCAUCCUCCUUUACCUUUCAACAAAAGAAUGCGCACGUUUGAGCUAGAGGUCAAUGCUGCAGCUGUCUGCCUUCGCCAAGCUGCGUCUGCGCUGUGCAAUUUCAGUUUCUUCUUGACUUUGUUCAACACGUCUCAUAGCUGCCAGCUAGGACACCAAGUGUCCCUGCUCGGACGCCACUGUUGAGACCCGGAUUUGAAUUGAAGAAACUCUUCUUCGCUCAGCGCUGCCCCGCGGCUAGGCGUACCGCAUUUUCCCACAAGGAGAGAGACUAUGAGAAUGAUGAAGGAUACAGCCAAUGCAUGCAAGGCAGCUACAUUGUGUCAACCACGCCUGCUCGCCUGCUCGCCGCUCGUCCGCAUUCGAAAUAUUUGAUUAAGGAAACAUUAUGCAGGCCGUUCAUAGUUAAAGGAAAAGAAUCGUGAAGAAUAUAUAAGCCAGAUCAUACGAAAACAAACACAUAUUACUACAUACAUUCAUGCUCUAUGAAAAC